AUGAGUCACCACAAAGCCCAAUCGGCCGAGGUGCGGCGCCUGCUCGACGCGUUCUGCAACGGCGAGCUGCCGGCCGAGAGCGUCGAUCGGUUCAACGAGUUGCUCGAGAGCGACCCGCUCGCCCGCGAGACCUACCUAGAGUAUCUGUCCGUGGAGGCCGAACUGCACGCGGUGCACGGCGCGCGUCCGCAGUACGCCGCCGCGUCCACCACGGAAGCGUCCACGGAGAAUCAGUCGCACCUGCACACCGCCGCGGCGGGACGCAGCGGCUGGCUGGCGAUUGCCGCAUCGCUGGUCGGGGUCGCGGCGCUGUCGAGCCUAAUCACCUCCGCGUUUGAUCAGCCAGCGGCGCCCACGGGCGAAAACCUAGUAGCGACGUCGGCGCCGGACGAAUCGGCGCCCACACCGGUGGCGGUAAUCUCCGCGACCCGCAACUGCCGUUGGCACGACCCCGCGAGCCAAACCGGCUUCGGUUCGAAGGUGUACGCGGGCCAGCGGCUCGACCUCGAGGCCGGCAUCGCCGAGGUCACGUUCGACAACGGCGCCACGCUGCUUCUGGAAGGCCCCGCUUCGCUCAGCAUCGACGACGCCAAGGCCGCCAGCCUGGAGAGCGGACGGCUGUCCGCCCGCGUGCCGGGCGACUCCUCGUGGUUCUUGGUCCGCUCGGGCCGGAUCGGAGUCGGCGGGGUCGCGGCCGGCGGCGCCACCAUGCCGCCCGCUCAGGCGGCGGAGUUUGGCCUGCUCUCCGACGGGCUGGGGGGCGGCGAGGUGAACGUCUUCGACGGGUCGAUCCAGGCCCACUUGCUCAACCAGGCGGGCGACCAGCUGCGCACGGUCCGGCUGAACCCGCGAGAGGCCGCCAGGGUGCAGCCCGCCUCGACGACGGUCGCCCGGUUCCACGCCAAUGACGACCGCUUCGUUAGAUCCCUGUCGGCCGGCGCCGGCCCCCACGGGGGCCUCUACGCCUACGAGGGGUUCGACUACCCGGUGGGCCCGCUGUCUUGGCAGAACGGCGGGUUCGGCUGGGCCGGCCCGUGGGCCGACAUUGAGACCAACGACCCCGCCGGCGGCGAGCCCACCAACCAGGUGGCGAAGCAGAGCCUCGCGUUCGGCGAGGUGCGGCAGAUCGGCAACCAGGCGGUGCAGCUCGCCCAGUCCAACCGGAUCCGCCGGGUGCUGAGCACGUCGAUCGGCGGCGUGUUCGACGCGGCCGGGCUGGUGGAGAACCGGGACGGCCACCGGCUGCUCGGCAAAGAAGGCAAGAGCAUCUACGUCAGCUUCCUGCAGCGGGUCGACCGGACCAACGACGUCUUCUACGGUUUCGAGCUCAACCGCGGCGACGGCAACGCCAACCGCGUGCUGUGCGUCGGAAACGGCGCCGAGGGGGCUGGCUACGGAGUCACUUCGAACUACAACGCCUAUGGGGCCUCGAACUACCCGUCGCUCGGCGAGGAGAACACCGACGCCAACCUGAUUGUGGUCCGCAUCGACUUCCGCGACGACGACCGCGACGAGGCGGUUGUUUACCGCAACCCGUCUUCGCUGAUCGAUGAGUCCGAGAACAAAGUUGACGCGCGGCUGCGGGGCAACUUCGCCUUCGACCGCAUCAGCCUGGGCAACUUCGAGGGGCAGAAGAUCCACGAGGUCGACGAGGUUCGGGUCGGCACCAACUACCGGGCGGUGACCGGCCAGCGGGACCACAUCCGGAACAACCUUACGCGGCCGGUCGCCCGGAUCGGGUUGCCGGUGGCUCCUGACCGCUUGGCGGCGACCGCACCCCGAGACCUAGCUCCUUGGAACACGGGGCUGCUCCUGAUCGGACCGACGGUGCGGCCGUGGUGCGGCGGGGCCGGGCGACCGGGCAAGUUGAGCGACUCGAUCCUGAUAGAUCGCGGUGAACCGGGCGCAAGCAUAAUGAGACGAGCAGCAGCAAUCGCGGCGAUGGCGUUCCUCACCGCAGGACCAGUGGUCGCCGCGACGAUCGACGGCCAGGCGAUCCCGUCGGAGGGCCUCCCGUUGCUGGCGACCCAAGACACGCCCACCGGGUUCGGCAACGCCACCGGCGGGGGACAGGACUCGGCCGGCGGUUCCGAGCUCAACCAGCUCUACGCGUCGAACGACGGGUCGACCCUCACGGUCGGGCUCACCGGCAACCUGGAAGGCAACUUCAACAAGCUGUUCAUCUUCUUUGACGCCGUGCCCGGCGGCGAGGGCACGCUGCUGGGCGACAACGUCGACGGCGGCUUCAACGAGAUCAACAACCUUGCGGGCCUGUCAUUCGGCGGCGCCGAGAUGGACCACGGCCUGCGGGUCGAGGUGGGCGGCGGAUUCCACGGCGUCAACUUCUUCGACCUGGUGGACAACUCCGCCGUUUCGAUCCUCUCCGGCGGUGGGCCGGGCGACCUGCCCAUCUCCAACGUGUCCAACGCCGGCGUCACCGUGGGCUGGGACAACGCGAAUGUGCUGGGCGUGGACGGCGCCAGCGCCGCCGACGCGACGACCGCCACCACGGGGCUGGAGUUUGAGAUCGACAUGGCUGCCGCGUUCGGGGUGACCAACCGCGCCGUACGCGUGACCGCACUGGUCACCAGCGGCGACGCCACCUUUAUCUCCAACCAGGUGCUGCCCGGGAUCGGCGGCGGCGGCAACAUCGGCGGCGGGGAUGGCCAGACCCUGGGGUCGGUGCUCGUGCCGGUCCCGGAGCCCACGGCCGCGGCGUUGUGCCUGGCCGGCCUGCUGGGGAUAGCGGUUUGUAAAGCGGAUUGCUACUCAACUCACCGCGUUGCCCCGCUGGGAUCGACAACGCACUCUUCACACGAACUCACUGUGACUCCACCGGAGAUUCCUCCCAUGCUUCGACACGUGAUCAUCACGGCGGCGGUCGGCGCCGCCCUCGCCCUGCCUAGCAGCCUCCUCGCGCAGCCGAUCGACAGCUUCCUGAUCGGUUCCAACCCGGCGGAGGGCGAGUACGCGGCCGGGCAGGUGCUGGGGCAGUCGCCCAGCAUCCUCGGCUGGACCGGCGCGUGGAACGACGGCUUCCAGGGCAACGCCUGGCAGACCACCGAAACCGGCCUGACCUACAGCACGAUCCCCGCGGAAGGGGGCGCCAUCCAGACCCUGGCCAGCGGGUCGCCGUUCGAGGGCCGCAUCGGCCGCACGCUGUCGACGCCGGUCACCGGCGACUCCAACCGCACGCUCUACAUGAGCUUCCUGAUGCAGGCGACCACCGCCACGAACGGCGCGCAGAUCACCUACGGCGGGCUGGAAUUGCACAACGCCAACGGGCUGGGCGAUGGCGACCGGCAGUUCCAGAUUGUCGUCGGCGAGAACAUCGACGGCGUCUCGCAGACGCCCAACUACUCGGUGACCCUGUUCAACUCCGACCUCGGCGGCGGGUUCGCCGGCGACCUGGGCGUCAACGACGAGCUGACCAACCUGUUUGUCGCCAAGUUCGACCUGUCGGACGUUAACGACGCCGACGCCGUGACCGUGUGGCGGAACCCCGAGAACCUGGCCGACGAGUCGCUCUCCACGGUCGACUUCUCGGCGACCGGCUUCAACAUCAACAUCAACGCGACCUCGUUCGCGCGGUUCGGCAUCGCGGGCGACUUCACCUACGACGAGCUACGGCUGGGAUCCACGUACGAGAGCGUCACCUCGGUGGUGCCCGACUUCGUGCUCGGUGACACCAGCGGGAACGGCUUUGUCGAGUUGGCGGACUUCGACCCCAUCCGCGACAACUGGCUGGAGUCCAACGCGAGCUUCGGGUCCACGCUCUCGCGGAUGGACGGCGACCUCAAUCUGAACGGCGUUGUGAGCAUCGAGGACUUCCGCGAGUGGAAGGACGCGUUCCUGGCUUCGGGCGGGUCGGCGUCGGCCGUGCAGUCGGCGUUCGCGUCGCUGAGCGUGCCCGAGCCCUCCGCGGCCGCGAUGCUGCUCGUUGGCCUCGCGGCGGCCGCCCGGACCGGCCGGCGGCGGGGCUAG